AUGUCUAUCGCAGGAUUAUUCAUUUUCGUGAUUUUAAGUAUUGUUUUAAUUUGGGUAUUACGGAAGAUUUAUCAAGAAAUCAAUGAUUUUAGAUUAUUUUUCAAUGACACUACAUCAUUAAAGGAACAGCUCGACAAUUUACAACAAAGUGGCAAUUCACCCACUGCUCACACUAUUGGAGGAACUGAUGCUGCUGGUCAAGAAUUUGUUACUUGGGAGCCUGCUUCUCAUCUGUCUGCUUUAGAUCUGUUUGGUUUAAAAGAAAGAAAUAUUGAAUUAGAAAUUUUGGCACCUGAUGAAGAUGGUGAUGGAACGAAAAUGAGACAAGAAUAUUUGACAAAGCUUUAUCAAGAAAAUCAAGAGAAGUUGGGAAAGCUUACCCAAGAAUAUAGAGAUAUGCAAAUCAUAUGCAUUAUUGGUUUAAUUGGCAUGGCUGUAGGAUUAAUACUUAUGAUGUCUGCGUUCUAUUUGGGAGGUGCUCUAGAUAUGUAA